AUGAAGAAGCACGGCGGAGGCGGGGGCGCGGGCGGGAGCGGUGGCGGCGGCGGCGGCGGCGGCGGCGGCAGCGGUGGUGGUGCAGGCGGGGACGGGGGGGGGGGCGUGCCGUCACCCAGCGUCCUCUGUCCCUACGUCUUGACAACGAAGAAGAAGAACAGGAAGAGACCCAGGAAGGAGGGAGCAGGGAACGGGAGCGGGAAUGGCCCCUCAUCCGGCGGCGGCGGCGGCGGCGGCGGCGGCGGCGGCAACAAGGGAAAGAGGAAAGCUCCCGGCCCCAACAAGGGGAAAAAAUACGCCGCCAAGAAGAAAAAGAAAACCGGGCCGUAAAACGAGGCGGGUACAUGCACGUACGAAAAGCGUUUGAAGUGUGUUGCUGCGGAGCCCCCUCGAAGCAUCGGAAUGGAAGACCCCAAGCCGGGAGUCUCGCCAGGGAGAAAGAAGCCGAGGGGACCCAGUCGUGGGGGAAAGAAGCAUGCGAAGGGCUCAGCUUCGGCGGGACUUAAGGGACUGUUCGAGUGCCGACGAGCACGUAGUUGGAGAGAGAGGGGUGCGACGUGGGUUUGCCGUUGUUGUUGUUGUUGUUGUUGUUGUCUUCAUGUUGGAAUCCGUUCCAAACUCCGCUCAGUACCUUGCAGUAUCCGUACUGGUCCAACUGACAAGGAGUGGUGGUUAUAAAAGUACGGCAAAAGGGAUUUUGUCUUUUUUGAUGACGCUCUUUGACGGAGAGAGAGAGAGAGAGACAGGUGCGUCGUGGGUAGGAGUGAUGAUAAAAAGCACGGGAAGAGGUUGUCUUGCUUGUUCGCCUAGGGACGGUCGUUCACACCCCACCCUUGGGCAUUACCUCCUCCCUACCGAGGGAGCUUUGACCAUGGGUCGCGCUCCAAGAAGCCCAUGUAGCCCCCCACCUUAAACGGAGGCGGGGACCAUAGUUGUAGAAUCGAUGGGCAAUGUGAACCUGCGUCUUUGUAUAUGGGAAGAACGAGGAAGCCCUCGUAUGAGAGAGAAGCGCGUACUCAUUUGUACUGUAGGUAGAGGUGAAAGUGACGAGGGCAACGUCUGACUCGAGCGAGGGAGGGCCGCUUGGGUGUGGGGGGGACAUUUGCCGUGCCGAGGCCGCGAGGUUAAAUCAGAAACUCGCCUCUAUAUAGCGGUGCAAAGAACGAAGGUAUCACGGUAGGUAAGCCACCAACGUGCGUUUGUACGGUGUUUGUCGUCUUGGCGGCUUUUUCGUGCGGUGUUGGCCUCGCCUUCAUCCCCUGCUGGUACAUGGGGCAAUCAAUGCAAACACGUGUGCUUGUGGACAGAGUCAAACCGCGCGACUCCCUCAGGUUUGUUCUUCAUGGCAGUGUACAAUAGUGUGUGUCGCGAAAGGUCGCUCUUGGAAAUGAACACAAGAAUACAACUGUG